AUGUACACUUAUUUAUUCUUUGAAAUGAAAAUAUUCAGAAUAAUAUAUUUUUUUUGUUUUCUGUAUGUCAAUUUAUGGACAACAAUUUUAUACGACAUUUAUUUAUUUUUAAUUUUAAAUAAUGACAUAUUUCAUAAAUAUAAUCUAGAUAUAUGGCAGAAAACAAAAAGAAAUCUUGCAGAAGCUAGUCGUGAUGGUUUGAAAAGAAAACGUACUCAUGAUGAUUCAUUAACAGAUGACGAAUCCUUGCACCUGUCUGUUGUUUGUAAUUUAGAAUAUAUAGCACUAAAGAUGUCAACGCAAAUGGUAAUUGAUGCUUCUGGGGAUUCAAUUGAUGAUACUGUUUUAGAUAUGGUGAGAAUUAAUAACACAGUUCGUUCAUUGCUUGAUUAUAAUAAUAUUACUUUAUCAGAAGAGAAAAUUCAAAAUAUGGCGUUAAGAAUAAGUGAUCGCUUUGAGGAAAUGUUUUCUUCUGGAUCAUUUACUCUUGAUAAAAUUAAUAAUAUGUUAAAAUUUUAUAUGAUAGAAGCUGUUUUAUCUUAUAAUCUACUUAGAAGUGCAACUAGUCAACCUCAUGAAGACGAUAGAAUAAGUAUGUUAAAUAAUGUAGAUGGGAUAAAAUAUGAAAUAUCUAAACGAUUUAAUCAUUCAAAUGUUUUGUUAAGUGCUAGUACUAUAAAUAAUAUGGCAUUAAGAAUAAGAGAAAGUGUACAAGAUUUAUUAGAUGCAGUGUAUACAACGGAGUUACCUUUAUCAAAAAAUAUUAGGAGUAGUUAA